CCUUUCAAACUUAUAACUCUACUUUUCACCAUCAUUUGCACACACAAAGUUUCUUUCAAAACUCACACAAUGUCUACAACAAGCUCAUUAACAUUACCAUGGCUACUUCUCAACAUUUUUCUCAUUUUCCCAAUAAUACCCUCUUCCCACAUCCCCCCCAUUGUCCCAACUUGUAGGGACAAAUGUGGAAAUCUCACUAUCAAGUACCCAUUUGGAUCCGACUUCGGGUGCGGCCAUCCAGACUUCGCCAGGUACAUAAAAUGCACCUCGGGUGAGCUCCGGUUCUCAUCAGGAACCGGAGCUUACACAGUUUCAAACAUAGACUACACCACUUCCACCCUUGUCCUUACCGACCUCUUCAUGUCAACAUGUUCUUCCAUGCAAAACUCCGGAAGCUUUCGCUUGGAUCGGGCCAGCCCGUUUACGUUAUCGUCACAAGAUAUCUUUAUCCUACUCGGGUGCUCCAGGACGUCCCCGGUUUUCGACCCGAAUGAGGAUUUGUGUGAUACGGGCUCGGGUUUACAUCUUUGUAGGGGAAUGUAUUCUUGUGAAGGGGUGAGUGGUAUUGGGUUGGAACCAAAUGGGCCUAUUUCUAGUUGUUGUGUUUAUCAGCCCAUUGUUGAUUUCGGGUCGGGUUUUGGGCUGGAUCUACCCAAACUGCAGUGUUCGUCUUAUGCUUCUAUGUACGGGUUUGGUGGUGAUGAGACGGAUCCGAUGAAAUGGCAAUUUGGUAUUUCUUUGGAAUAUAAUGACUCUUAUUAUACGGAAACAUGUAAGGAUUGUGAAGCGAGUGGUGGGUUUUGUGGGUUUGCUGGUUAUACGCAGUCUUUUUCUUGUAUUUGUCGUGGUGGUGGGAAUUCUACUACUAAUUGUUAUGGCCGAGGUUAUGCUUGGAAUGGGACAUGGAGACACAAAAUUCAAACCAAGAUGUGUUUUGGAGGAACUUUACUCCUUUUGGUGUUGCUUCUACUUUGAAAAUUUUAGGGAAUUUUGUUAACUAUUAUUGGAAUUUGUUAAAUUAAGAACAAAUAACUAUUUUAAUCAGAUUAUGUACUUUGGAAUGUUUCAUUUA